AUGAGCAAAAAUUACGAACAUUUGAUUGGUGGAUUUGCUGGAGAGCCGUCUUUUCCAGCAAACGAAGGGCAAAAAUAUCGGCCACAGUACAAAAGCUACUGGGAUGCAACAAAAACCAUUGUACGGUCUAGCGGUUUUGCUGGACUCUAUCAGGGAGUCGUACCUAAUCUUGUUGGAGCUGCUCUUUCCUGGGGCCUUUACUUUGAAUUUUAUUAUGCGAUGAAAAAGCAAUGCAAGAUCCAUCAGAUUUCUACCGGAGUGGAAGUAUGCGACAAUCUGUUAUUAGGAAUGGUUUCGGGGGGUUGCGUCCUUGCUAUGACAAAUCCAAUUUGGGUUACCAAAACACGUUUAUGUCUGCAGUACGAAAACGAAUCAAAGAAGCGUUAUAGAGGGAUGGUUCACUGUUUGUCUUUAACCUUUCGUGAGGAAGGCGCUAAAGCACUUUACAAGAUAAGUUUAUUGUACUUUAGUCUUGGCUUUGUUCCUGGUUUAUUGGGGACUACACAUGGAGCCAUUCAGUUCAUGCUAUACAAUUUAAUGAAGGAUAAACGUUUUGAGAAGCUUGGAGUUGACUCAGAUUACAAACUGAGCACCUUUGAUUACUUACUGUACUCGUCCGUUUCCAAGGUUUUGGCAACCAUAAUCACUUACCCUCACCAAGUUUUACGGACUCGAUUGCAGGACCAUCAUACUGAAUAUAAAGGCAUUGUGGACGUUAUUUGGAGGACGCUAAAGAUGGAAGGGAUCAGGGGCUUGUAUAAAGGUAUGAUAAUUGCAAGUGUCCGCCAGCUGCCUGCUGCCGUGGUUACAUUCAUUACCUAUGAGAACGUGAAGCACCUAAUCACUAGCUGGGGCAGCUAG